AAUGUAAACUCACCCAAAGCAAAGGUGUAGAUAUAGGCACAAAUAGGAGUUCCUUACUUGUGUUGUAGAAGCCGAAGAAAAAAAAAUGGUGAAGAUAGCUUUUGGUAGCAUUGGUGAUUCUUUUAGUGUUGGGUCUCUCAAGGCUUAUUUGGCUGAAUUCAUUGCUACUUUGCUUUUUGUGUUUGCUGGUGUUGGAUCAGCUAUUGCUUAUGGGAAGCUAACGUCGGAUGCAGCACUAGACCCACCAGGCUUGGUGGCCAUAGCGGUAGCUCAUGCAUUUGCGUUGUUUGUUGGGGUAGCCAUUGCAGCCAACAUCUCAGGUGGUCAUUUGAACCCAGCCGUCACCUUUGGUUUGGCCAUCGGAGGAAACAUCACCAUCUUGACCGGCCUUUUCUACUGGGUUGCCCAAUGCCUUGGCUCAAUUGUUGCUUGCCUUCUUCUCCAGUUUGUUACCAACGGAUUGAGUGUACCAACCCACGGUGUCGCUUCAGGAAUGAAUGCCGUCGGAGGUGUUGUAAUGGAGAUCGUAAUCACUUUCGCGUUAGUCUACACCGUCUACGCCACCGCAGCUGAUCCCAAAAAGGGUUCUCUAGGAAUCAUAGCACCCAUUGCCAUUGGUUUCAUCGUUGGUGCUAACAUCUUAGCCGCUGGUCCAUUCAGUGGUGGUUCAAUGAACCCAGCUCGUUCUUUUGGACCAGCCGUAGUCAGUGGGAACUUUGCUGAUAAUUGGAUCUAUUGGGUUGGUCCAUUGGUUGGUGGUGGGUUAGCUGGGUUGAUUUAUGGUGAUGUUUUCAUUGGGUCAUAUUCUGCCGCCCCAGCUUCAGAAGAUUAUGCUUAAAAGUUUGAAACUUUGAAACUGUUUGCUUAUGGCUUUUGUGUAAAAUGCUUUGAAUGCUUUUGAUUAUGGGGAUGUGAUGUUUGUGGGUGUUUUUCAUGAAUGAAAAAAAAAAAAAAAGAAACAGGAAUUUGUUCUUGCUGUUAAUAAGGAAAUGUAAAUAAACCUUGAUUAUGAAUGUUUCCCUUAAAUA